AUAUUUACAUUUUCCUUUUGUUUUCAGGUACAAGAAGUGAAGAGAUGAAAAAGAUUUACUUCAUUCUGUUACUGAUUUGUCAACUUUCACAAGUAACUGCGUGUAAUCGAAGGAAAUAUAAACAUAAUGGUGUCUGCUGCUCAUUGUGUUCAGCUGGGAGUAUGGUUGCUAAACACUGCACUGUUCGGACUGUCACAGCAUGUAAGCCAUGUGCAGCUGGAGAAUAUAUUGAUCUUCCAAAUGGGUUCGAAAAAUGUUUUGAGUGCGAGACCUGUGAUCAAGAUUUGGGACUUCAAAUUAAGGAAGAAUGUACCUAUAUACGCAAUACGAAAUGUGAGCCCAGAAAAGGGUAUUACUGCAUUGAAAACUGUCAGAUGGCCAAUAAACACAAAACAUGCCCACCAGGUCAAGGAGUUAAAGAGAAAGGAACACCGGUAAAAGAUACUGUGUGUGAGAAGUGUCCUGUAGGAACAAUUUCAGGCAGUGAUUCAUCAACUGAAGCAUGCAAGAACUGGACAGUAUGUGAAAAGCUCAAUCUACAACAGGUUGAAAAGGGAACCAGUGAAGCUGAUGUAAAGUGUGCAGAAAAUUCCAAUUUAAAAGUUAUCAUUCCAGUUAUCGCAAUUGUGGUUAUCGUUUUGAUUUUAAUUGUAGCAGUUGGUUUCUGGAAGUAUCGUGGACUCAGAUCAUGUUUCAUUAAAAUACAAGAGAAUGGGAUUGGUUGGGGUGACAAACCAUCUCCAGCUGGGAAUAACAUCAAUGGGAAUGAAUCUGAAUCAAUAUCAAUGCCUCUUAGAAGCAACGAGCAGCCUUAGUGCAAAGAGAUAGAGAUUACCAAGAACACCUGAAACAGACGACCAUUCCAGUCCAGCCCCAAGAAGCUCAAAUGUUCUCAUCCUCUGAACAGUUCAGGCUUUAACUUAUUUACAUAUUCCACGCUGUCUUUACGCAAGUCCCUGCUCCUCCGUAUAACAUCUUCAAAUCCUCAGCCGUCAACUGACCAGCAGCU